UGGAGAAAGCAGACACUUCGCGGACGAUCCAACUGAAAUCGGGGAACUCGAGCAAAAGCCCAAAGCGAACGCCGCCGUGAGCCGCUAGUCAGAGCACCUGGUGAAAAUCAACCGCUGUUUUCCGCGACGUUCCCCAACCAGAAAUCUGCAAUUUUCACCGUUUUUCUCGUAUUUUUUCCGUCACCCAAACGCCGCGUGUGUCGUUGUGUGCGUGUGUGUGUCUGUGUGUGCCCGCCCAUCUGUGUGUGAGAGCCGCGAGUGUGUGUGUGAGUUUCGGUGAGAGCCGCAACAACAACAAAAACAGCGUUGAAAGAAAACCAAAAUCGACAAAUGCGGUCAAAUUGAAAAGAAAAACAAAAAUCAAAGAGUAUUUCUCGCGCAAAGCCAAAAGGCAAAAUCCAAAAGCACAAAGCCAAAUAGGAGAACCGCGCAGAUUUCAGAUUUCCCAGCGGAAAAGCCGGAAAAUUGCCCACUAGGCGUGUCGCUGCUGCUUCUUCUUUCCAAUUGUUUAUGCUGCAACUGUGGUAGUGUGUAAAAGAGAGGUAGAGAAGGGUCUUAUCAACGCCCGCUUUCUUAUCAGAAUCCGCAGAUUUGUUGCGAAAAAUUUCAACUAGCUAAAAAACAACCAGUUGCCCAAUCAACAACGGUCAUUUCCAUUGCGAGAAGCCAAAGAUUGAGGAAAUCCAUUGGCAGUCCCACAGCAUUCAAUCAAGCGCAAAUUGGUUCGACUUGCACAGAAAAGGGCACAUUUUCGGCCUUGCAAAUUCCAAUCUUGAAACUAAAUGACGACUGUGUCCGAAACGGAAACCGAAACCCUGCUGCCAAAUACCGCAAAUACGCUGGACGCCAGACGACGGCCACAAAUUAGCCAGCCAGCCGUAGAUUUGCAAGUCUAAGGAGUCGCCCGAGUAGUAAAGUGAAAAGCGAAGAGGGAUUCCUGUUCAAAGGAGCCAACGAGCAAGGUCAAAAACAGGAGCAACUUCAAAGGGCAAGGACCGAAGGACGAGCGACAAGCCAGUGCGACUGCGACUAUUUUUCGAGAGCGCCAAAGGAUUCAUUAAAAAACCGCCAACCUGGAACUAAUGGAAUUAGAGAAUAUUGUGGCCAAUACGGUCUACUUGAAAGCGAGAGAAGGUGGUUCCGACAGCAACAAGGGAAAGAGCAAAAAAUGGCGCAAAAUAUUGCAAUUUCCACACAUAUCGCAAUGCAUCAACCUGAAAGACAAAUUAGACAUAAGCUAUGGCUACGUGAUAGAUCAGCAACCCAUUGGUCGUGAGCUCUUCCGCCUGUUCUGCGAGAACAAGCGGCCCGUCUACUUUCGCUACAUCUCCUUCCUGGAGGAGGUGGUCAAGUACGAGAUCGAGUACAUCUCGAACCGCAUAUUCAUUGGCCAUGACAUCGGGCGGCGCUUCCUGGAUGUCGAGGCCCAGCUGGAGCUGCGCAACGGCAGCGGUGGCGACGCCCUGGACGCCGAGACGCAGGAGGAGCUGCUGCUCAACAGCAGCAAUGCCAAUCCAACUGAAACAGCUGAGACUGAACACUGCAACAAUACCACCGCCAACAACUGCAACAACAUCAACAACAGCAACAGCAACGACAUCAAUCACAAGAAGCUGGACACGCGCAAUCACAACGGCGACGAUGCCACCGGGAAUGGCAGUGGUCACGGCCACCGGGCGGAGGACGACGACGAGGACGAGGGCGUCAAGUGCCUGGACAGCCAUGAUGAUGCGGAAAAGGGCGGCGGCGGUGACGGUCGAGGAGAAGGAGGCGGAGGCGUUGGUGGCGGCGGAGGAUGCGGAAAUCCCGACGAACUCGUGCUGGACGUGCUCAACGAUGAUCUCAUUGCGCAAGUGCGUAACAAACUCAACAGUGGCGGCAAGGACAUCUUUGCCCAGUGUGUGAAUGCGGUGAAGGCGUUCCUGGCCGGCGAGCCCUUCAGGGAGUUUGAGAGCUCUAUGUACUUCCACCGAUACUUGCAGUGGAAGUGGCUGGAGGCGCAGCCAAUCACCUAUAAAACGUUUCGCAUGUACCGGGUGCUGGGCAAGGGCGGCUUCGGCGAGGUGUGCGCCUGUCAGGUGCGGGCCACUGGGAAAAUGUACGCGUGCAAAAAGCUGGAGAAGAAGCGCAUCAAGAAGCGCAAGGGCGAGUCGAUGGUGUUAAUCGAGAAGCAGAUACUGCAGAAAAUCAACUCGCCGUUCGUGGUCAAUCUGGCCUACGCGUACGAGACAAAGGACGCCCUCUGCCUGGUGCUGACCAUAAUGAAUGGCGGCGAUUUGAAAUUCCACAUCUACAACAUGGGCGGCGAUCCGGGCUUCGAACUGGAGCGGGCCCGCUUCUAUGCCGCCGAGGUGGCCUGCGGACUGCAGCACCUGCACAAGCAGGGCAUCGUCUACCGGGACUGCAAGCCGGAGAACAUCCUGCUCGACGAUCACGGCCAUGUGCGCAUCUCGGAUUUGGGACUGGCCGUUGAGAUUCCGGAGGGCGAUAUGGUGCGCGGUCGGGUGGGCACAGUGGGCUACAUGGCCCCCGAGGUCAUCGACAACGAGAAGUACGCCUUCUCGCCCGACUGGUUCAGCUUCGGCUGCCUGCUAUACGAGAUGAUCGAGGGCCAGGCGCCGUUCCGGAUGCGCAAGGAGAAGGUCAAGCGCGAGGAGGUGGACAGGCGCGUCAAGGAGGAUCCCGAAAAGUAUUCAAGCAAGUUCAAUGAUGAAGCCAAAUCAAUGUGCCAACAGCUGUUAGCUAAAUCGAUAAAGCAGCGCCUGGGCUGCCGCAACGGACGCAUGGGCGGGCAGGACGUGAUGGCCCACCCCUUCUUCCACUCCACCCAACUCAACUGGCGUCGCCUGGAGGCUGGCAUGCUGGAGCCACCCUUUGUGCCAGACCCGCACGCCGUUUACGCCAAAGAUGUGCUCGAUAUUGAACAGUUCUCGACGGUGAAGGGCGUCAAUAUCGACGAGUCCGACACGAACUUCUAUACGAAAUUCAACACGGGCUCCGUGUCCAUCUCCUGGCAGAACGAGAUGAUGGAGACCGAGUGCUUUCGGGAGCUGAACGUCUUCGGGCCCGAGGAGUGUCCCACGCCGGACUUGCAGAUCAAUGCGGCGCCCGAACCGGACAAGGCGGGCUGUUUUCCCUUCCGCCGGAAGAAGAAGCAGCCGGCUCGCACUCAGCCCAUUCCCAUUCCCGAGCAUCUGCUUACCACUAGUCACAGCGUGUCCUCCACGACGGUCGAGAGCUGAUAGCAUAGACCACUCGAGGAUGCCUCCAAGCGGACGCCUGACCCAGACGUCGACACAUAGCACAAAUUGCGCACAGAAGAACAUCGCAGCACAACCUAAUUACAAAGCAAAACCAAAACCGAUAUCGGUUUCUCCCUCAGUUGACGCGCAAAAGCAUUUUUGAAAUUGUAUUUUUACAUCAAAUUUUCUAAUGAAAUUGCAAGAUGAUUUCCACCCCCACACAUAACGUAUAUUUAUAAAUGUUUCCAAAAGACUCCGAGCAGAAACACACAUUAAGCACACAUUAGAGCGUUAAUUAAUUGAAAUCGUGGUAGCAUGAAUACCACUCACUAUAAGGCCGUCAGUUUGUCACAGCACCCAAAAUAAUGUUACUUAAAUACGAGCGCUAUUUGAAUAUCUAACUGAUCAUCUAUGACUUGGAUCACCGGAGGCAGGACAGGAGCAGGAGCAGGAGCACCACUAUGUAGACGGCGGAUGUAAUGUGUAAUUUUUGUAUAGUAGUUUGUGUGUGCUCAACGGACCGCGUUGGAAGAUAGAUGUUCUAGUUAGCAUUUGUAAGUUAAGAAAAUGACAUGAAUACUCGAAAACUUGAAUGCAUUUUAAACAAAUACUUAACACAUGCUACUACUAUAUGGUACGUGCAUAUAGAUACGAUACGAUACUACAAGCGUACAACCUAAACAGAUUGUAAAUUUUAAACCUACGAUUAUUUAUAAACGACUCCUAAGUUUUAUUGCCGCACACUUUUGCUAAGCUUUUCAUAUUGUUCUUUGACCUUUUCUGUUGCCUAAGUUUAAGUUCAGAGGUUCUUUUCGUCGGAGGAGGAGAACGUUAUUACUGAUAUUCGUUUAGUCACGCAAUAAAUUAACAGCAAGUUAUAAGCUAACUAAUGCUAAUCCCUUGAGAUAUCGAUGUCAGCUAGUGUCUAAGUUCUGUGUAAACGUAGCGUAGGCAUUUUGUAAUUAGCAACAAAGAAAAUACGAAAACAAAGGAAACCAAUUGGAGAAUUUAUUAUGUUAAUAUGGAAAUUUGAUUAUGACUAUUGAAGACGACGUUGCCGCGCCACUUUGGCCGGCCUGUCUUAGUUCCAAUUCACUUGAUUUAGGCACCACUAGUAAAUUGUAAGGCAUAUAGAUUGAACAACUACUACCAGCACAAAACCAACAACCCGCAACCGCAGAAAGCCGCAGACAAACGCCAUCAAAUCAGCCCCGAAUCUAAUUCAGCACUACAAACUACAUAAGUAAACCAAACUGAGCAAGCGCCGAAAUAUUUAUCUCUAGCAAUUAAAGGCAUAUUUAUAGAGCAUCGUAAAUACCAGAUAAACAUACAUAAAUAAAUCUAUUCUGUAAGCGAGAAGAUAAUGAUGCAAAACGCAGAGUCAAGAGAGAACAUUGAAAAACAAUAAACGUAUUACUACCAA